CGACCCCCGGUCAGGGCGCGGGCCCGUGAUGAGGGGACUUCCGCGGGGCUGCGGGGGCGACGCGAGGAGCUGCGGCUCCGCACGGAGGUCAGGGGUCUCUGCCGGCCCCGCUGCGUGACAGGACGCCUCAGCCCCCCCACCGCGACGCUCCGUUAAUGUUUUACCGCUCGGCGCGCAGAGAGCGGCCGCAAGCGCUGGUCCAGCCCCCGGCACCACCUCCAGGGAGGCGGGCGGGCCCCGCCGGCCGGCCGGGACGAAGGCCGAGACCCCGACAUGUGGCGGGGCGGGUUCCCCCCCGGGGCCGCUGCCCCCCGCGCUCCGCCGCCCGCCAUCGAGUUCCCUGAGGAGAGCCCGGAGCCGCGCUUCGAUGAAUCCGAUGUGCCGGCGGAGCUGCGGGUUGCAAACGGGUCUCAAAAGUUUGUGAAUUUCACUUCAACCAUCCAAAACCAGCUGCUGCUUGUGUCCCUGCUGGAGCAUCUCUGCCACAUGUACACGCACAACCCUGUUCAUUCCAGGUGUUUGUUCCGAAUACUUCGUCAGGCUUUCACAAGAACAGGGUUGCUCUCCCCUUUUGCCUUCUGUGAUGAAUUUAGUACUGUAAGACUGCAGCAUAAUAGAGCCAUUGCUGAACUCAUGAAAGCAGCUAAUCGACAAAUACUUGAUGGGGAACCUGAUCAUGGAGAUUCUCAUGCAAUUUGGGAGAAAGAAGUUCUCUUUGAAGCGCAGACUUCACGAUACUUGAAUGAGUUUGAUGAAGUUGCAAGGCUAGGAAAAGGAGGCUAUGGUCAAGUAUACAAGGUCAGAAACAAGCUAGAUGGCCAGUUCUAUGCUAUUAAAAAAAUUAACAUUAAAAAGGCUACAAGGAGAGAUUGCAUGAAGGUGCUACGAGAAGUUAAAGUGCUGGCUGGGCUGCAGCACCCUAAUAUUGUAGGCUAUCACACUGCUUGGAUGGAACAAGUUCAAACGGUACGCCCAAAAGAUAAAAGAAUAAUGGAGUUGCAGCCAUUAUCUUUGGAGCCAGAGAGUAGCAACAAUCACUGUCACAUUCAGAGUGUGGAAAGUGGGAGUUCAAUUAUCUUUGCUGACCUUACUUCACAAGAAAAGAAGUCCUGUGACAGUACCAGUCUUAGAAAUCUGGGUAGUGAAUCAGCGCAGAAUAUGGAUAUAAGGAAUGAUUUUACAGACAGCAGUAGUAAAGAGUGUAUGAAACCAAAUAAAUGUGAGUUAUCCAAAGAAUUACAAGAAGACUCUGUAAGUAGUGAUAGCAGUAAAUCAAAUUAUGUGAAAAAUCAUUCAACACGGGGACCUCAUUCUAGCCUGGAUCAAGAUGCUAGCACUGGAAGUAAGUCCUGCACUGGAAGUAAGUCCUGCACUGAAGAAUGCUCCAAGAAUGAUGUAGCUCUCUGUGGAGAGUUUGAGGUGGAGUAUCGUUUGAUGCUUCAUAUACAAAUGCAGCUGUGUGAAAUAUCCUUGUGGGAUUGGAUUGUUGGCCGUAAUAAAAGAUGCAACGAGAGAACAGAGGAAAUGUCCAGUCCAUACCAUCUUGUGGAUGUCAGCUGGACAAUUAAGAUCUUUCAAGAGUUAUUAGAAGGAGUGUGCUAUAUCCACAGCAUGGGAGUGAUGCAUCGAGACAUUAAACCCAGAAAUAUCUUUCUACAUGGAUCAGAUCAUCAUGUAAAAAUAGGAGACUUUGGGUUAGCCUGCAAAGACCUCCUUUUUGAUGAUGCAGACCAGUGGUUUAAGACAGAAAGGACAAAAAGUCAGAGACACACCACAGGAGUGGGGACUUGCCUCUAUGCUUCACCAGAACAAUUGCAGGGAUCUCACUAUGAUUUCAAGUCAGACAUGUACAGCAUGGGUGUCAUCCUGCUAGAACUCUUCCAGCCCUUUGGAACAGAAAUGGAAAGAACAGAAGUUCUCAUGCAUUUAAGGAAAGGCCAGAUUCCUCACUCUUUCUCCAAAAAAUGGCCUGUCCAAGCCAAGUACAUUAAACUCCUCACCAGUCAGAGAUCUACGGAAAGACCAACUGCUGCUCAGCUUCGUGAGAGUGAACUGUUUCAUACCACAGAACAUGUUAUUUCUAACCUACAACAGAAGGUAAGACAGCAAGAGGAAGAAAUAGAAAAACUGAGAGAGAGAGUAAGACUGCUUUCUGGAGAACAAGGUGAAUGUAUGAGACUAGGUUCUCCUGUUUAAGUACAGGAAGAACUAACUUCUAUUGUAUGUUAAGUUAUAUAAAAUGUUUUUUUGGGUUUUUUUACAUAAAAUAUUUUAAUGCA